ACAGGCAUUCCGCGAGGUAUUUGAGUACCUGAUAGAAGAUUUCAAGACAUAUCGUCCGUUGUUAUCUGCAAUCAAGAACGAAUAUGAAAUGAUGAUAAUUAAUCAGAGGGACAAAAUAAGAGAACUUGAACCUUUGAAGGUACUGACCAUGAAAAGCUUUCACCACUGCUCUGAAACCAAGGUGCGAUAAAUUAGGCCCGGUCAGGAGUUUCGGGUAUUUGUCAAAUGGCAACUGCACGGUUGCCGGUUGAAGCCCUGGGCAAACUAGGAAACAUUGUUGUGGAAACAUUUGUGAUUCUCGAUGUUUCCUCAAAUGUUUCCCUGUUUGCCCACCCGUGGAAACAUUGUUGCGGAAACAAAAUUUGCUUCCCGAGAAGCAAAAAUGUUUCCUAGCGAAUUCAGAAACAUUUGAUGUUUCCCUAUGUUUCUCCGGUCACUAGUUAAUGUUUCCUAGUAUUUGCCCACUAGCUCUGGGAAACAUGGCGAAACAUUGGCAGGAAACAAUGUUUCCACAACAAUGUUUCCACAACAAUGUUUCCUAGUUUGCCCAGGGCUUAUUACUUCUUUCCUGGGGUCGGUUGGUCAAAGCUGGACUAGUGUUAAUCCCCAGUUAACAUGUAACCUGCUAUUUUAAUUUAUGUGUUUCCGCACGUCUGUUUAUUUCAAACUUCAGAAAAGAAAACACUUGAUCCAGAAAAAAAUUGUUGAAGAAAUAUUUCAAAAUUUAUAGACAAGCUGCUAGGAAGUUUGCUUUGAAUUUAGUUUAUAACCUUAGGCAAUUUAGGUUAUAACCUUAGUCUUUAACGUGAACGCUUGCAAUAACCAAAGUCAAUGUUUCUUUGGUUUUCCUAAUGGACCAUUCCCCAAUUAACCAAAAUUUUGAUCUCAACAAGUCUAGACAAAAUUCCAUCAUAGCAUGAAAGAGCAUCACAAAAUUAGUAAUAUUCCAAAGUUUCGUUGCGAAAUGUUGUAAAAUGCGGAUAAUAUAGCCCUGCGAUUGCAAACGGGAAAUGGUACCACUUUUCCAAAAUUUCGAUCUUAACUAGCCUAAACAAAAAUUUCAUCACAGCUUGAAAGAGCAUCACAAAAUUAGUAAUAUUCCAAAGUUUCGUUGCAAAAUGUUGCGAAGUUUGUCAUUUUCAGUCAUUUUGUAUUACGCACAGAAGUGGUAACCAAUAACCAUUUCCCGUUUGUAAUCUAAAAUGACUGAAAAUUGCAAACUUCGCAAGGCUAUAUUAUCCGCAUUUUACAACAUUUUUCAACGAAACUUUGGAAUAUUACUAAUUUUGUGAUGCUCUUUCAAGCUGUGAUGACAUUUUUGUCUAGACUUGUUGAGUUCAAAAUUUUGGUUAAUUGGGGAAUGGUCCAUUAAUACUUUUAUAAUCUCACGAUCGUUUCAACUUGAAACAUGAUCCUUUUCUUCAGGCAAUGUUGGUGACAGUUUCUGAACAGUGUGAGAAAACAUUGCUAGCCAUGAAAGAAGAGGAGAAGGGAGGUAAGGGCAGGCCCGAAACUAUAGCGUUUUACGAGUGCCAAAGACGAUAGAAACCUACACGCAGGGACGCCGGAACGAUGUGAAGGCAAGGGGGGCAGAUUUUCGUGAAAGGGCACUUUUGAAUUGAUAUAUACUAAGAGAUGUUUGCAAAACAUCAGGAGUUGAACUUCGCCUAAUCAUGUUUUCUGUUUAUUGGGUGAUAGGGGUGUGAGGGGGUUCUCCGCCAGGCGAUUGCGCUAUUCUUGAAGCUCGAUGACUGCAUUUCUUGCGUUUUCUGAAGCAAAUUCGUAAAAGAAUUGCACUAACAUUUCUGACAAUUCGCUAUUUCGCCAAGGCAACCCUUUAAAUUGAAAGGGCACCUUUGCCCCCCUUGCCCUUCCUUGUAAAGGGCAACGGAGGCGGCUGCCCCUCCUGCCCCCCUCCCCAGUUCCGGCGUCCCUGCCUACACCGGAAUCUGAGGGCAUUGCAUAGGAAACUCUAAGUUUUGAAAGAUUUGUAAGCAAUGUUUGACGGAAAUGACUCAGUGUUAUAAACAAUGAGUCAUUUCCCUGAAAUAUUUAUUUCAAUCAAUUCGAAACUUUACCCAUGCAAAAUUCCUACUGAGUACUGUGAUCACAAAAACUUUGAUUGUGUAAAUGCCUUAAGAAUUACAAAAUAUUUUUGGUCUAACAUCAGAUGCGUAGUAAAUAAGUGUUUGUGGUGAUAUUUGGGACGCCAACCCACACGUUUGUUAUAAGGGUGUUGUGACCCAGAGCAGCCUCUCACUUUUUACUGACUUAUGCAGCCACUGCAGGCAUCUGUUUUCAUUCCGAGUUUUCUUUCUCUGAACUUGAAGUGUUUCUGUUUUAUAUUUUUUCACGAAAAUUCUUGCCGAGUCGUCGACUGACUCGGUUCACUCAUACGGGUCUGGAAGCGGGGGAAAUUUUUCUUGUUUUCAAAUUGUGAUGUUUUGUUCUCAGAGAGGUAUAAAAAUGAAUUAACUUUUCUUUAGAUUUGCAAGACAUGAAACGAGAAAAUCAAAGAUUACAAGGAGUUAUCAGCUCUUUCAGGUGAGUUUUGAAAGUAAUCUUAGUUUUCCUUGCGCACUAUAGUCUUUGAUUGUUUCCGUUUAAAUAUAUACACUGUGUUCUGGAAUAUUUCUAGAGAAAACCAACUCACGCUCAAUGCACAAGUGGUGAAGGUAAUUCAAUGUCAAAAUCCAACAUAAAAUCAUUGACUAAACUUUGAUCUAGGCAAGAAGAACAAAAUCCAUCACCACAGCUAGAAAGAGCAUGUUACAAUUAGUAAAAUUGCAAAGUUUGGUUGCGAAAUGUUGUAAAAUGCGGAAAAUAUAGCGCUGCGAAAUUUGAAAAUUUUGUAUUAAUUUGUAUUAUUAUACAUUGUGGUUGGUAAAAGCAAUUUGAUUGGCUAAGAGCUUACAGUUAAAUCGCGCAAUCACGCAACCUACACACUGAAAUAUCUGCUAGCAGAUAACUCAGUUAUCUGCUAGCAGAUAACUGAAUUUUGUGUAGGUUGCGUGAAAUUGAAUGAGUGUACAUUUCAAUUUUCAAAUGAAUGUACAUUUCAUAAUUGUAAUGUUUACUUUAACAAGUAAAUAUUCAGUUAAUACGUUAACAUCUUAACGAUAAUAUGUUUCUUUUAUAUUUGUAAUUAAUUUAACUGUAGGACUUCCGGAGACUUGUUUAUAGAAACGUUUUACUUGAACAGCUUUGCCAGAAAUCAUAUUGAAUAUAACGCUUACCGAGACCUUGACAAUUUUGCAUAUCGCAAAAACCGAAUUCAAUAAUUGUUAAUUACGCGCGGGAAAAUGCACCACAUUUGGCCCGAAAUUGGUGCAUUUUCCCAUGCAUAAUACAAAUUAAUACAAAAUUUGCAAAUUUCGUAGGGCUAUAUUUUCCACAUUUUUACAACAUUUCGCAACCAAACUUUGCAAUUUUCACUAAUUUUAGAUGGUCUUUCUAGCUGUGGCCAAAUAAAAAAAUAGCUGGUUUCAGGUUUCACAGCCAUGUUUUAUAUGGGUAGGUCGGAAAGACAUUUUAUUUUAAAAAUAUUUUAUAUCAAGUAUGCAAUAACAGGAUAACCCGUGAGCUACAUGUUUUUCGCGAGAAAUAAACGCAUCAAGGUGUUUUCGCCUUUUUUCAGCAGUAGCUGCCAUUUCAGAUACGUUUUUAAUAUUUUAUUCAACUGUUCUUUGUGUAAAACUAGGAUUAACAUGACUGUAUGAUUAAAUUAUAAGCAAACAAAAUAAUUUGUAGAUCAACAAGUCUAAUGACUAUUUAUAUAUUCGGCUAUUUACGAUCUCUACUGGGAAAAGUCAAUAAAAUGUUUAUGGUCGGUCAUAUUUUUGACAGGUCGGUCGGAAACCUGAAACCAACUAUUAUUUUUAUUUGGCCUGUGCAGGUAAUGGAUUUUGUUCUUCUUGCCUAGAUCAAAAUUUAGUCUGUAUAGUUGGAAUCAUCCAUUUACAAAUUUGCCGAAGUUUCGAACUUCCAAAAAGUAUCAAACUCAGAUAUCGUUGUUGUCAAAUUUAGCUUCAACAAGAGUUAGCAGCAGAAUACUUGAAGUACAGAAAUGAAUGUGAUGCAAGGAAAAUGUUGAUUGCAGACAUGAACGAUCUGCGAGCCCAACAAGAAGACGCGAGCAAGAACUCCAUGUUGGAAACAGAGAGUGUGGAUGGAAAGAAGGAGGAUGCAACAUUUCUGAGACUUGCUUUGAAGUUAGUAUAAAUAUAAUCGUUUACUUUAUGAAAAGCAAGGGCGGAUUUUCAUAUUUUUUAAAGGAGCUAGAGGUGGAAAAAUUUCUAGUGGGGUGUAAGUGGUACCACUGAGCGAGCUUCGGCAGGGGUUAGGGUUAAAGACCUUCACACAAAAUAGGAGGGGUGAAGCAAAAUUUUGGUGGGGUUGAACACUUUAUAAGAGAGUUAGAGAGAUUCUAGGGGGUUUAUCCCCUCCUAACCCCCAGUAAAUACGCCCAUGGUGAAAAGUCCCGGGAAAAGUAUAAAACGUUGUGGAAACCUUGUUUCCCAGCCAUGUUUCCCAAAGGUCAGACAAAUCAAGAGACAUUACAAUGCUUCCUAGCCAUGUUUCCAAAAUGUUGGCAACUACAACAAAUAGCAGGCUGGCAUCAGACAUGUGAAAAGCAGUGGCGGACACUUAUUGCGUGGAGGUGGGUUGCUCCCAUAUGACCAACAUUCAAUAAAUGUUAUAUCAACUUUGAAACAAACCGGGUACGAAUUAGAAUAGACAAUUUCCAUUAUAGACUAAUUUUAAAACAUAAAUCACCACAGCUAGAAAGAACUUACUAAAAUGAGUAAAAUUGCAAAGUUUGCUUGCAAAAUGUUGUAAAAUGCGGCAAAUAUAGCCUUGCAAAGUUUGCAAAUUUUGUAUACUUUUGUAUUGCGUGCGGAAAUUGCUACCAUUUUCGGCCCAAAUACAAAAGUAUACAAAAUUUGCGAACGUAUUUUCCGCAUUUUACAACAUUUUACUCAUUUUAGUAUGCUCUUUCCGGGAAUAUACUUUUUUGCCAAGAUCAAAAAUUAGUCUAUAAUAGGAUUGGUCUAUUGUUCCAAGCUCUUUGCAAACGUCAGAUAAAAAGGUUAGGGUCGGUGAUUUCAGGGGCCAAAAGUACAGGUAGGAUCGGAAAACCGGGAAACCAGGUGUCUUCUUUUGCCUUGCUGAUAUUCAAAAUUUCAUUUGUAUCAGAAAAGCGCGAGAAGAUAUAGAAAUCAAGAACCAGAAGCUUGCUCAAAUGGAGGCAGACUACGGUGAUGUCGUACCAAGACGAGAUUAUGAAAGAUUAAACGAACGUUUCCAAAUGUUAGAAAAAGAUUUAGAGAAAGUGAGAAAAGAUCAAGAAAUGCUCAUGAAGGAACACAGGUACAGAUUCGCAAAACCACUGUAGUAAUUUUCUGAAACUGUUUGCCUUAUAAUGGUCACUAUGUUCAACGAUAAAGGGCCAUACCAUUUAACAUUCACCCCCCCCCCCCCACCCCAUGGUUGAAUUUUUCUGGAGGGUGAUCCCGAAAUCGUUUCUGAGGGGUUAAGACUGUUAUCAUCCUUGGAUUUUGUUUUUUUUUGUUGGCGCUUUGAACUGUUUUUUUUGGGGGUUAAAAUUUUAAUGACCACAUUCAUAGGAGGGGGUGGGGGCGGGGCGGGGUGGGGCGUGGAUGUUAAAUGGAUGGCUCAACUCAAUGAUGUUCAAGACUCUCUCCUUGACGAGUAAAAUCGUCUGGAGUUCAACGGAGUGAAAUAAUAAACUGGGGUAGCCACAUUGGAACGCAUGCCACUUAAUGGGUUAAAACGUGGGGGUUGUCAGUGCAGUAAUUAAUUUACACAUCGUCAUUUUUAGCACCCUCUUGGAUGUUCAACGCAAAACAGAAGAUGAACGCAAAGAAUAUGCGAAGGAAUGUGAAAACAUGCGACGUUGUGCAACACCAAGGUACACAACACGCAAAAACGCACAGGUUGCAAAAACCUGCAGCAGACUUAUACCAAUGCUGUUCCAACAACUUGUCAACAGGAUGUGUUCGCACUGCUUGUCCCAGUUUGUUGCCAAGUUGUCAACGCCUUGUUGACAACUUGCUACAAGGUUGUUGAGCUCAACAGACUCGUUCCAACUUGUUCCAAGAACUUGUCACCGUUCUGCAAUUCAACAACUUGUUGACUUGUUGUGAGUGACAACCUUGUAGUAACUUGAUAAAAUAACAGCAUUGUUACAACUUGUUGACAAGUUACUCUGAUGGGGUGUUUUCCCUGGGGUCUUGAACAACAAUAAAACAUACAUACAGCAUCUCCUUCUUUACAACUCCAUCGAAAGUUCUGGCCAUGUUCAAUCUUUGUUACUUGUCAGGUUAGGUACCCUAUAUAUCAUUUCCCAGGAACUGGACAAGUUUUUAAGGUCCAUUUCCACUCAGGAAAAUUUUCCACAGAAAGAAAAUUUUGUAAAAUGUGAUUGGCCGACACAAAUUUUCCGUCGGAAAAAAAUUUGAAGUUGAAAAUUUUCAACUUUAAACAAUGAUAUUUUGGAAAAUUUUCUGUCUGGGGAAAUUUUUCUUGAGAAGAAAUGGGCCUUUCCCCUUCCUAAUCGCAAGCCUGUUACUAAGAUCCACGACUACAGUCUUAGUCAUCUUAAGGAUGGGGAGUUGUGUUCACCAGGAUGUCAAUGACCUCUCAUUGUUUUACAGGCCUAGAUGGGCAAAAUGUGGUCAGUAUAUCGAAGGUGGCGAGGAACGAUGGAAGGAAUUAUCAAGUGAUAAAACCAGUGAUGACAUGGUUGAUAUAUUACUGGCAGAAAUCACCGGCACAGAUAUUGCUGUCAUACAAGCUGGCUCGAACACCGCCGAGGAGUUCUUGGAAGGACAAGUAAGUUAGAGUUUUUUUUGCAUAGAAAUAAUAGAUAUCUAUUAUUUCUGUGGCUUUUUAUCAAGCUCUGAGCUUCAAGCGAAAUCUGUUACAUCAAAGAGUUACAUACAUAAUUUUAUGAAUAAGUAUACCCCCGAGAACAUUUUUCAGGUGACACCCUUUAGAUAGACACAACCAUACUUGGCCACUAAAAGCAAUCCAUUGCAAGAGUAAUUUCUUAACUAAAUCAGGUUCUCUUCACAAAAAAUACAAAAAAGUCGACCAUGCACUGAUUAUAGAAAACGGUGCAUUUCAUUGAUUUUAUCGCACACAAUUCUUUGGAAAACACUCGAAUAUUUUUAUUUAUAUUAAUUUAAUGAGUCAAGAAUUUCUCACAACAAAUGUUAUCGCUGCACAUUUUUACUGUUUAUCACUGUCACACACAUUCACUUUAUCACUGCAUUGGUGGUUAUCAACUGCACACUAAAAUUAGGUAUGAAGACUAGUUACGCCGUGCACUGUCUUGGGGCAAGGCUUGUUUGUUGCUAUAGUUCAUGUGAUAUUUCAAAUAAAAUGCGAGGACUUGAAAUGUAGUCCAGUCCGAAUUGGAGGAUUUGAAAUGACAUCUCAUACGAAUAUAUCACUACUUAAAGGCACAGUUCAGCCUGUUGAACGAUGGUUUUUAAGGCGCAAUUCAGCUCUUUUAAUUGAAAAAACUAACUAGGAAAAUCAAUUAAGCAUAAUUCAAGAUCACCAAACUCAAUGUUUUUAACAUUUAAAAACAUUUUUAUUGGUAAAAACAUCGAGUUUACUGAUUUUGAAUUAUGCUUAAUUGAUUUUCCUAGUUAGUUUUUUCAAUUAAAAGGGCUGAAAUGCGCCUUAAAAACCAUCGUUCAAAAGGCUGAACUGUGCCUUUAAAGUGAGGUGAAUUAAUUUUGAUCCAGUCCAAGGACUGAAUUAAUUUUGAUGAUCAAUAUACUUCACAGGUAUCCAGUAUUAUCAUGUGAGCAAAAUAAAGCAAUAUGGUUGGCUAAUUUACGCAUGAAUUAUCAAUGAGUUUGAGAUUAUAUUUUCCUUACACAGGGCACAGGGACCAAUAUUCCCAAGUAUCUGCGCUAUGAAGGGAAAGUUCGAAACAGAAGAAUUAGUAAACGAGAUGCGUUAUUGUUAGUAAAAGAUGUUUGGCAAGAAAGACUAUCUUCUGAAAUCGAGGUAAUACGACAAAUUUUUACAAACUUUUUCUGUUACAAAACCGAAUUUGAAAUUAAAGUUGGAUUUGAAAUUGGAAAUAAAGUUUUUUCAGUUUAGUUUCAAUCUCGUAUCCAUAGGAAUGCCCGUUCGCAGGUCAGGUCAUGUCCAGCAUCUAACCUGCGAACGGGCAUACACUGGGUACGAGAUUGGUUUAGUUAAGGUUCCCUUCUGUGGUCGACAUUGGAUCAAUAGCGAUGGCUCAAUGCUGGAUCUCUAGGGAGAACAGUUUAGAACUGAUAGAGCUAUCCAGUAUAAAUAAAGUUAGUUUUAUAGUUUAGGUUUCUUCCUGUAGUAACACUGGAUCAAUAACGAUGGCCCUAUGCUGGAUCUGUAGGGAGAACAGUUUAGAACUGAUAGAGCUAUCCAGUAUAAAUAAAGUUAGUUUAGGUUUCCUCCUGUAGUAACAUUAGAUCAAUAACGAUGGCCCACAAAGCUAUUCAGUAUAUAUUAAGUUAAUAGUUCCCUUUUGAUUCAUAUUUCAAUUUCUAUUCACAUUAACUUUUUCCCGACUCGUUUCUCACAGACGACAGACCCAGAAUACGAACCGCUCUCGAGUUUCCUACACUCGUAUCUGGAACGUCGUUUUGGCGCGGAGAGCAUGACCUUUGAAUGGGCGUACAACUUACAGGAUGCUUGUGUGCGAUAUCAACAUGAUCCUAGGAUUGGCUUGUUUCAUGGAAUACUUUCUGGUGAGGUAGGGAGAUUCUUGGAAAAUUUCGACGCAGUAAAAUGUCCUUUAACUAUUGGGCUCUGGCAAGUGACGUCACACGUAUUUGUUGACUUCCGCCAUUUUAGGGGCAAAUUAAAAAUAGUUCAUUAAAAGCAAACAUGGCGUCAAAGUAAGACUUGCCAAAUUAAGACUGCGGCUGUUGCUUUUGUUUGACCACUUUGAAAAGUUAUAAAUUAUAAAGGUCCACAGCUGUAUCCAAAAUGGUGGAUUGUCAUAUCAUCAAAAAUAAUCCGCCCUCUUCUAUGCCCAUUGACUCACAUUUUAAUUUUAUAUACCUCGCAAUAUAGUCAUUGGAACAGAGGUAGCCUGCGCAGGGCAUGGGGCAAAACUUACCCAGGGCCCAGGGGAACCUAUGGCGUCAUAAUUGUAAAACAGGAGAAGCCGUGUUUUACAAUACAUUGCACUUUAUUGCAUAUUCUCCGGCACUGGCGCAACUAAGGUUUAUAUUUUCGGUUAAGCAAUCCUGUAUCAAAGAACGCUGUCGCUUUGGGGUCCUCUUUUGAGUUGGGGGCCAGGGGCAAAAUGACCCUCCCCCCGCCCAUCUCGGCGGCACUGGCCUAGCAUUUUCAGUACGCAUUAGCAAUUUAGGGCUACAUGAUUUCAAAUAAUUUUUCCACUCUUUUUUUAGGUCGAUGAAGCAUUGUAUCAUGACCAACGAGCUAUGUUUAAAAAACUUUCUGAUGCUUUAAUGGCCGCUGAUCCUGGAGAUAGCGACGAUGUUAGUGUAACAGUUUAUUACAUUGUGUUAUUUUUUUCUCAAUAAUCUUCCCCCGAGGAGGAAGUGACAGAGUAAAAUAAAGAUGGGUUAAUUAUAUAUAGAGCAAGAUACAUGGGCUGAUGGUCUCGUUAACUCAUUAAUGCCCAAGACUUCUCAGUACUUAACUGUUGAACUUUAUUUUAUUUUAUUUUCCUUCCCUACGCUUUACGCAACUGUAUUUUACCUUUCUAUAAUGUCCUUGACAUUACUUCACUUUUUCUGUUAAGCAUUGUAUUUUAUUUUGAUUCUCUUAGUGGAGUGUUCCCAAACACGUGUUCGAGUCGUGCGUUCGUAAAUGUUUUCCUGUGUUCGGCGAGCAAGCCAUUGCGGAUUUAAUGAAGUUAGCAGAGAGCGAAACGUCAGGAGAAAAUGUUCUUUACAAAAAUAUCUUGAAAGAAGAUGAUGAAGGAGGGAUGACGCUGUUUGUGGAUAAAAUAUUCGACUUUGAUAGAAUGGGAAGAAUUGCUUAUGUCAGAGAAAUUGAAAAUAAUUUGGAUGGAAAAAGGUAUGGUAUAAGGUUAACAACACUAUAAUAUAUUUUGUUUGUGGAAACACCCCGUAAAUUUAUUACUGCAAAGUUUAACAUGCAGGUAACAAUGUUGAAAAAUAUUGUUAUCUAGCUUCACAAUAGCUUUUUAAGGUUAACACUAUAGAAGAAAAUAGUGAAAUCCAUACAUCACUAAAUUCAUAGUAUAUCCAUAUUAUUUCCAUACUAUAUCUACAGUGUGGAAAUUGCAAUUAGUAUGAAAAUUGGAUUUCCAAACUAUUUCUAACGAAGAUCCGGCAUGAUUUUGAAAAACUUUCCAGUGUUACGCCUGCAUUCUAAAAGCUCACUCACAUUCAAAGAGAGGAGGUUCAAUCUGAGCUUUCCCUUGAGUGUCAAUGCAGUUUUUGAAUAGCUGGAGGGUGAGUAGUCACAUAGUAAGGUACGACACUAACACUCCAGCUAUUCAAAAACAGCAUUGACACUCAAGGGAAGCUGGGAUUGAACCUCCACUCUUUGAGCGUGAGCUUUUAGAAUACGGGCGUUAAUGUUUAUAAUCUGAAUGCGGAAGGAUUUUGUUGAUGGGAAUAUGAGAUUUUUAUUGAAUUUUUUUUACCAAUUUCUCUAAACGUUUAGCGACGUUAGCGAGGGUGAAUUGAGACAAGCAUUUAUGAAUGUGGAUCCUGACCUGCCCGUGUCAAUAUUAGACCAAUACGUAAGUCGAGCGUUUGCCGAGAACGUCACGAACGCCGACGACACAAUAGACCGAGCGACAGUGAUUCGAAGACUUCAAACUGGUAGCAUACGGCGGUACGUGAAUAAGGUCAAGGAAUGAUAUCGCUUUUAUAGCCUUCUUUAUAGUACAUCAAUAUGUGUAUAUAUUGUACAAAAUACUGCAGUUUUAACAUUAAAUUGAGCUAAAUCUUGAGAUCCAAUAUGCGUGGGUCCUCUAUUUAGGCCGCGAAGACGUGACCGGAUAAUCGUACACUUGAAGGAUUUUCCCACGCACAUUAGCAUUCUGACAUAUUGUUUUUGAUGUUACUCCGAGUGUAUAUCCACACAGGGCAGGCUGAAUAGUUAGCCUGGCCACGGUGGGAAUCGAACACGCGACCUUCACAGGGUUCGUAGUCUCCAAGACCAAAAAAAUUCAAAGACUUUCAAAGAUUUUUUCUGACUAUUUCCAAAGACUUUUCAAAGACUUUUGAGAGCAAUCAGCUGUCGAAAAAUUGCGAGUGUAAGCACCAUUUUUACCCAGUAAUUUGUCCCGUCAAAUCACAUUCUAAAAUGCGCAUUUUUGAAUUUUGGCGAUAUUUGCGAAAAUCUUGAUUCAAUCAAUCUAUUUUAUUAGCUAGGAAAUCGUAUAAUCAAUUCCCCACUAAAGAAUUUAAAGACUUUUAAAGACUUUCUUCGCUUUUUGACACAAUUUAAAGACUUUUCAAAGACCUCAAAGACCUGCAUUCCAAUUUAAAGACUUUCAAGGAUUUCAAAGACCGCUACGAACCCUGCUUCAGCCUGUAACAUCAAAAACAUUAUAUUCACCUGAGUAUACAGAACAUCAAAACACACACAAAAAAUAUUCUGACAUAUAUGUUGAAGGAUUUUAUGGAAAUUUCGAGUUUAAAUUUUAUACAUUUAUUUAGAAAUAUAUAGCUAUGUAGAAACAGCUGAGAAAGUUUUCGCAGCUGUUUUUCGUCAGGUCCAAACAAAUGUGUGAAGGGCCAUUUCCACUCAAGAAAAAUUUCCACGCAUAGAAAAUUUUCCGAAAAUAUCAUUGUUAAAAGUUGAAAAUUUUCAACUUCAAAAUUUUUUUCCGACGAAAAAUUUGUGUCGGCCAAUCGCAUUUUACAAAAUUUUUUAUACUCGGAAUUGCCAUCUAUAAAACCUUUCAACAUUUGUCAUUAGUUCAAUCAUAAUAGCCUAUCGAAGGGAAGAUGGCUGUGAAACUCAUUAGAAUAACAAUAUAACUCAUUAUCUACGUUAGCCAACGUUUAUUCAUAAUUACAUAAUACGGUCCUUCACCGUCACGUGUGUAUUGUAUUUUUGCCAAAUCCACCAAUAGCAAUGUCCCCUAUUGUUCGAGUCACGGAUGGGUAACUUUCCAAAAACAUUGCUAUUGGUUAGUUGGGCAAAAAUACAAUACGCACGUGACGGUGAAGGACCAGGAGCUCGCCAAAAUAAUUUUUCCGGAAAAAAUGUUUUGGUACUAGUCGGGCAAUUUUCUUUCCGCCCCCCUAAUUUUUUCCUUCCGGUACGCCCAUGGCAGGGCAUCACUGGUUUUGGCAGGGCAAUUCUGCCAGACACCCCCCUAAUUAAAAGGGGCUAGUUUCGCCCCUGACUGAGUGUGCAUGCAUCAACACCGGGCAGGCUGAAAAAAGUUUGCCUGACCACAGUGGGAAUCGAACUCGCGACCUUUGGGAUACUAGUCCAAUGCUCUACCAACUGAGCUACGAGGUCAAGUCGGUUCGAGUUGGUGAUGUUUCGGAACUGGGUAAGAUAUGAUACAUUUUGUGUGUGUUACUUAUAUGAAAGCAUCAAUGAUAUCAAUGUAUUCUAAGAUAUCGAUAUCCAAGGAACACGACUCAGUUCCGAAAUAUGUACAUUGACAUCGAAGGAAGUUCAAGGAACUAGACUCAGUUCCGAAAUCACCAACUUGACCUCGUAGCUCAGUUGGUAGAGCAUUGGACUAGUAUCCCAAAGGUUGCGGGUUCGAUUCCCACUGUGGUCAAGCACACUUUUCAGCCUGCCCAGUGUGGAUGCAUACUCAGAGUAACACCACAAACAUCAUAUUCACCUGAGUACAUAACACCAACACACACAAAAAGUAUCAUUUUUGCCACUCUGCAACACAUUUUUUACUAUUCCACAUGACUGUAACAAACUGUGUCUUAUGUAUGGUAUUAUAAUACAUAUCUCUUUACCUUUUAACUUUACCCUGACAGAGAGACCUUCACUUACUUAUAUGUUAUCAUUUUUACAGGACAUUAGUUAAUCCAUACUAUUAUUAUCAAUGUACAAGACAUUUCCCUUAAUCCCUUCACAGGUAAAAUGAGGAGGGCAUAUUAGUACCACUGCUUAAUUGGGUUAGUUUCUUGAAAUUAAGACUACAAAUUUAUUUCUAUUUACAAUAUUUUUUUACAAUGUAGGCUAAUCGACCUAAAAUAUAGUUUAUCAUGAUAUUUAUACAAAUCUGAAAUGGCAAUAGUCAAUGGGUGAUAUGCCAGCUUGUGAGCUAAUUUGAUACAAAUUGUUAUUGACUACUUUAUGAUGGAUGUUCUGGGCAUGAUCUGUUCUUUUUAAACCAUAUGUCAAUGCACCUUGAAGAAUUAAUGAGAGACAAAUGUAAAAAUAUGUAGGUGUUUGACGAAAGAGUGCACAAAAGACUUGGUGAACG